AUGGCCGUCAAGGAGGCGCGCGUGCCGAUACUGCACGACGACAGGACAGACCACACGCAUCAUGAGUCGGCGGGCAGAGCGGGUAGAGUGGGAGGGGGCACGGCGGUGGUGACGUCACUGAUCGCGGGCGCGGCCGCCGGGGCGCUGGCCAAGACUACCAUAGCGCCGCUAGACCGCGCCAAGAUCAACUUCCAGACCAAGGGGUUCCCAGCCACUGUGCUGGGCGUGAUACCCUACGCGGGCGUUUCAUUCUUCACGUACGACACACUGAAGCAGUUGUACUAUCAAAAAAUGGAGGGUAAACACAACGCCCUAGUGAAUAUGUGUUGCGGCGGCGCCGCCGGGGCCGUCGCGCAGACCGCGUCAUACCCGCUGGACAUCGUGCGGCGCCGCAUGCAGACCGCCAGGCCUGACGCCGCGGGGAGAUAUGCGUGCGGGACCAUACCCGGGACCGUCAGGCACGUCUACAGGUCUGAAGGCUGGCGCGGUUUCUUCAAAGGUCUGAGUAUGAACUGGGUGAAAGGCCCCAUAGCCGUCGGCAUAUCUUUCGCCACCUACGAUGCCAUAAGGAGUUCUUUAAGAGACUUGGCGAGGGCACUACACUGGUAG